AUGGCUGAAUCAUUUUUUUCUGACUUUGGCUUAUUGUGGUAUCUGGAGGAGCUUAAAAAGGACGAGUUCUGGAAAUUUAAGGAACUUCUCAAGCAAGAACCUCUGAAACAUGAACUCAAGUCCAUCCCCUGGACUGAACUGAAGAGGGCGUCAAGAGAAGAUCUUGUGAAGUUGCUGGGCAAAUUCUACACAGAGAAGCAGGUGUGGGAGGUGACACUCAGUAUUUUUCAACAGCUCCAAAGGACAGACCUCUGGAAGAAAGCUCAGAAAGAGAUAAAAUGUAACCUAAACCCAUACAAAAAGCACAUGCGGAAAAAAUUUCAGCUAAUAUGGGAAAACGAGGUUUGCCUCCCAGUCCCUGACGCUUUCUACGAAGAAACCAUAAAGAAAGCGUCUGAAGAGCUGAGAAAGGUUUACUCUUUGAACGAGACACAAGGCGAGCCCGUCACAGUGCUGCUAAGAGGCUCGGAAGGAACUGGGAAAAGCACCUUUUUGAGAAAAACCAUGUUGGAAUGGACAGAGGGCAGCUUCUGCAAGGACAGAUUCACCUUUGUCUUCUUCUUCAGCGGUCGUGAGCUGAACGCUGUCGCAGAGACGAGCUUGGUGGAGCUGUUCUCCAGAGACUGGCCCGAGACUUCAGAGUCCAUUGACAACAUCCUUUCCCAGCCCCAGGAGAUCCUGUUCAUCUUGGACGACCUGGAGGAGCUCAACUGUGACUUGACCGGGGACUUCACGUGCGAUGACUGGACGCAGCCGCUCCCAGUAGACAUCCUUUUGAGUAGUUUGCUGCAGAAGAAACUGCUUCCAGGCGCCUCUCUGCUGAUCGCCUUGGAGCCGGACAAUGUGAAAAGACACGGUUUUCUAUUGCAGCACCCCAAAUCGCUCUUCGUCUCAAGCUUGACCAUUUUCGACAUCAAGAAGUACUUUUCCUAUUUUUUCCCCGAGACAAAGAAAGCCGGAGCCGCUUUCGAUUUUGUCAAAGGCAACCGAGCUCUGUUGGCUCUAUGUCAAAAUCCACUUUUGUGUCAGCUGAUCUGUUCUUGUCUCAAAUGGCAGCUGGCCAGGGGGGAAGAUCUUCACAUCACUUACCAGAGAAGGACGGCCUUGUUUGCAACCUUUUUCAUCAACACCGUGAAAGCAGGGAGUAAGACUUUUUCACAGAAGCGGAACAUACUUCAGGUGAAAGGUCUGUGCCGCCUGGCUGCGGAGGGAGUGUGGACUCAGAACACUCGCUUCAGCCUGAAGGACUUCAGGAGGCAUGGGGUCCCCGAGUCUUUCGUAUUGGCUUGGUCAGGCGUGAGUCUUCUGCGAAGGAACGGGGACUGCAUUACUUUCAUCCAUCGAAAGAUCCAGGAUUUCUGUGCGGCUCUGUUUUAUUUACUGAAAGAACCCAGCGACAGCUAUAACCCAGCCAUCGGUUGCAUCAACAAGCUGAUAUUCACUGGGCUCUGGCGAGUUGAAAGCAACUUAAUCCAGACGAGGUUGUUCGUGUUUGGGCUUUCAGCAGAAAAAAUCAACAACAUUCUGGGGAUGUCUGCGAACGUCCAACUCUCACAAGAAAUAAUGCGGUGUAUAAAAAGUCUGCAACGGUACAAAUUUGCAGAGGAAGAAUUGGAUUUCCAGGAAUUGUUCAAUGGUCUGUUUGAAACCCAGGAAAAAGGAUUUGUAAUGCAAGCAAUGGAUAUUUUUGGAGAAAUUGCUAUCCAUAUCGAAUACACAGUGGAGUUAAUGAUCGCUUCCUACUGUCUACCACAUUGCCAAAAUUUGCAGAAACUCACGCUGUGUUUAGAAAAUGUCUUUUCGGAUACCGCUGGGUCCUGUGAAAGCUCAAUGACGGACAGGAUCACCCUUUGGGGGAACUUAUGCUUGGUGUUCAGAUACAACAAGAACUUGAAAGCGUUUGAGCUGAUCAACACGUGCCUCAACAACGACUCGCUCGCCAUUCUGUCCAGAGCGAUGGCUCCGCCCUUUAGUGACCUCCAGCGGAUUGUGUUUUAUUUCGUGUCUGGUCUCGGAGAUGGCGCAGACUUCUUCAAGACGAUUCUUCAUCACCCUAGUCUGAAAUACCUGAGUCUGCACGGCACGAGACUCUGCCACGCUGCGGUCAGGCAGCUGUGUGAGACCCUCAAGCAACCGAAAUGUAAUAUCGAGCAGCUAAUGUUGGGAAAUUGCAACAUUACACAGGACGCGUGUGAAGAUCUCGUCGCUGCCCUCAUCUGCAAUAACAAACUGAAGCAUCUGAGCCUUCUGGAGAACCCCCUGAACGACGAAGGCAUCCGGCUGCUGUGUAACGGUCUGAAGCAUCCCGAGUGUGCCCUGGAGAUCCUGCUAUUGAAUUACUGUUGUCUGUCCUACAUCCCCUGUGGCUACAUCUCCGAAGCUCUGUUGCAAAGUAAAUCCUUGACCUUUCUGAGUCUGAGCUUCAACGUCCUGCUUGACCGAGGAGUGGCAACGUUAUGUGAAGCCCUCAAGAGCCCGGACUGUCAGCUACAGGAGCUAUGGCUGAAGAAUUGUUUCCUCUCUUCCGAAUGUUGUAAGAGCAUUUCCGCUGUUCUUAUUAACAACCAAAAUCUGAAGACCCUGAACCUUGGACAGAACAAAAUACUAGAUGCGGGUGUCAUACAGCUGUGUGAUGCUUUGAAGCACCCUAACUGUAAUCUACAAAAGCUUGGGUUGGAGAGGUGCGGUCUCACCAGCGCCUGCAGCGAGGACCUCGCCUCCGCUCUCACCACCUGCAUGACCCUGAAGCAUCUGACCUUAGACUGGAUCAACUUGGACCAUGACGGCGUGACAGUGCUGUGCCGGGCAUUGAACCACCCGAACUGUACCCUAGAGGUUCUCGGGUUAAACAAGGAUGAAUUUGAUGAGGAAAGUCGGUUGCUUCUGAAAGACUCUGAGGAGAAAAAUGCUGGUCUGACCAUCACACAUCAACCUUGGAUUGAAAAGGAGAACAAGCUCAGCGGCAUGGUCUUGGACUGA